AGUUAAUCGAAAUGUUCAUAUUGUGAAUUAUUUUCAACAACUCUCCUAAUAUAUGAUGUAAUCUAUCGAGAUUCAUCAUAGAAAGAAUUGUUGUUUGCUAAAGGGGAUUUAAAACUAACUUUUGAAAAAAUACUCAAUGGGAAAUUGUUCAUUAUGUAAUCACACAAAUUAUGGUAAUGAAUAUUUACAUUCAGAAAAUGACACUAAUAAUGAUACUUCAUUCCAAAAUUUGUAUAAUAUGUCGAACUCUUUAUCAUAUCCACUACUUUGCAGGGAGUUUCAUAAUACACUAACUACUAAUACUGAUUCUCAAAAUAUAGCUUCAGCAGAUACAAUGCAAUCAGAUAUAUCAACAAAUUAUGAUACUACAUUAUUGAUGAAUACAAUAAGAGAUUUUGGAUGGCCAUAUUUUGAAAAAUCCACUUCUGCUUUUUCUUUAUGUUCACAUGGAAAACCCAAUUUCAGUUCAAGUUAUCGUGAUUGUCGUCUGCGUUAUAUUAAACAAACAAGAAAACUACAAAAAUAUCUUCGUGUUACACCUGAAGGUCAUAUAUUAGUGAAUAAUCCGAAAAUUGAACAUCACCAUAUACUACAUCAUAGUUUAAAUCAAUCACCUGGUACUCAAUCUUACAAUAAUUCCAAAAUCAAUACAUUGGAAUGUAAAGGUAACUUAAGUAAAUUUACUACAAAUGGUCAGGACUAUGCAAUAAUCCAUUUGGUUCAUUAAUUAGCACACCAAAAAUUAAACGUAUAUAUACAGCAUUUUGGAAUUUGGAACCACGUGAAAGUAUCACUGUACACAAAUUACCUUCAUCAAAGACUACAACAUUUACAGAAUCAACAACUUCAUCCCUGAAUCAUUAUACAAAUGGUUAUGAUUACUUAAAUACUACUAAUCAUGAACAAAUUGAUGAGUUGGAAUUCCCAACGCAUAAUAAUAACGAUAACAAUAAGGAUAUUACACCAAACACUCCACAGUUAGAACCUUUAAUUGAAGAUUCUAUAAACGAUAAAAUAACAGAUUAUCAGAUCUAGUCAUGAAAUCAAAUUAAUUUAGAAUAUAUUUAUAUAUUUUUAUUUAUUUCCUUUUCAAUUCAUUACUUCGCCCUAAUUUAUUAAAACAAAAACAAUUAAAAUCAACAAUAGAUUAUUCUCUUAGAUCUGUAUACAUAUGCAUAUUUUUAUGUACAUAACAAACUGCAUUUAUCAACUGAA